CAUCUGUCACUUGUGGGUUACUUAACCUCAAAUUUUGUUUUGUAAUUGGAAUUAGUGUUUUGCUUUUGAUCUAGUACGAGUAUUGCAGUGGUUUUACAGUUUUCACUCACUAUUACUCAUGAGUCCAACGUAGCAAUUUCAUAUUCAGCUUGCACUAUUUAUGGAAAGUUAAGUUGAAGCUAGAAGUUAACUCAAGAAUGGCUGAACAAUCCUUCCAAGACUUAAAACUGGACUCUUGGAUUUUAAAGCAAUGCACAGCAAUAGGAGUUAAACAUCCUACUUCAAUUCAGGCCAGUUGUAUACCAAAAAUCUUAGCUGGCAAAGAUUGUAUAGGUGCUGCUAAAACAGGUAGUGGUAAAACAUUGGCAUUUGCAUUACCUAUUAUCCAGAAAUUAUCCGAAGAUCCCUAUGGAAUAUUUGGAUUGAUUUUGACUCCAACAAGAGAACUGGCAUUCCAAAUUGCUGAUCAAUUUGCAGUUAUCGGAAAGCCCAUAAAUCUAAAGAUAUGUGUUAUUGUUGGAGGUAUGGAUAUGGUAGAACAAGGCAUUCAGCUGUCAAAGAGGCCACACAUAGUGGUUGCAACACCUGGCCGUUUGGCGGAUCACUUGGAAAGCUGCAAUACUUUUUCAUUGUCCAAGAUACAGUUUUUGGUGCUAGAUGAGGCUGAUAGAUUGUUGAGUGGGCAGUUUGAUGAUCACAUCAAAACCAUAUUCAAGGUUCUACCAAGACAGAGACAGAAUUUGUUCUUUUCUGCUACUAUAACUGACGCUUUGGAAAAACUAAAAGAGGUAGUUGAAGUGACAAAAACUGAAGUAUUCAUGUACGAGGCACCAUCACAAACCGAUGCAGCCACUGUAGAAGAAUUGGAUCAACAAUAUGUUCUUUGUCCAAAAGAUGUUAAAGAUGCAUAUCUUGUGCAAGCAAUCAGAGAGUUCAGAGGAACAGAUGCAAAAGGAAACAUAAUUAUAUUUACCAACACAUGCAGGACAUGCCACGUACUUUCAAUGACUCUAAAUGAAGUUGGAUUUGAAAAUGUGGCAUUACACGGCAUGAUACCGCAAAUCCAAAGGUUGACAGCUCUUGCAAGAUUUAAAAGCAACACAGUUAGGAUACUUAUAGCUACAGAUGUAGCUAGUAGAGGCUUAGAUAUACCUACAGUUGCUCUGGUGAUAAAUCAUACUCUUCCAAAGUUACCUAAGGAAUACAUACAUAGAGUUGGGAGAACUGCAAGAGCUGGCAGAUGUGGUAAAGCUAUAUCAUUGGUGACUCCUUAUGAUAUAACAUUGCUCCAGAAAAUUGAAGAGCAUAUACAUGUGAGCUUAAAGGAAAUGCAAGUUGAUGAUGCUGAAGUCGGCAAAAUAUUUGCACAAGUAUCACUGACAAAAAGUGAAUCUUACAUGCGGUUAGAUGAGAGUGAUUUCUUUGAAAAAAGUUUAAUAAACAAGAGGAAAAAGUGGAUCUUGGAGGGCUUAGAUCCAGACGAAGAAGAGGCGAAAUUACUAAAAAGUAAAUUGAAAAACAAAAAACGGAAGAAACAGAAAACAGACGAAUGUACUGUAAAGUAAAUAUAUGUUCAAACAACAUGAUCUGAUUUCAAUCGAACCUUAUCUCUGGAAUGAAGUUUCUGUAUUAAUUUCCCCAUCCUCGAGAUAGAACUAAUACUCUUAUAUAAUAAAACAAGUGUUACAGUCACUUCUAAUGGUGAUGGCGCC